AUGUUGACCUUCUUCAUUCUUAAUGGGCUUUCGGAUAACCCCCAAUUACAGGUUCCUAUAUUUUUCCUGGUUCUUCUCAUUUAUCUCAUAUCUCUUGGUGGCAACAUGUCCAUUCUUCUAUUGGUUUGUCUGGAUCCUCAGCUCAACACUCCAAUGUAUUUCUUCCUUUGUAAUCUGUCUGUUGUCAACAUUUCUUCUACCACUGUAACAGUACACAGGAUCCUUGUUAUCUUUGUAACAGGAGAUAAUGUAGUAUCUUUCAUGACUGCAUGGCACAGGUGUAUUUCUUUGGAUGGUUAUUUCUUUGGAUGGUUAUGCGGCAAUGAGUUAAUCCUUCUUACUAUCAUGAGCUACGAUCGUUUUGUUGCCAUCUGCAAACCAUUUCAUUAUUCAACUGUCAUGAAUUGUAGAGUCUGUGCUGGUUUGGCCAUAUUCUGUUGGUCAUUUAGUCUUCUACAAAUUCUACCCGCAAUGGGUAUAUUUUCAAGAUUCUCAUGCUACGUUUCCAAUGAAAUUAACCAUUUCUUCUGUUACCUUGUAGGACUGAUGAAACUUUCCUGCAGUGACACUUCUAUUUUAGAGCUGUUGAUGUUCACACAGGGGGGUUUACUCUCAACCUUUACCCCAUUUCUCCUCACCUUCAUCUCCUACUCAUUCAUCAUUGCCACCAGAAUGAGAAUGAAGACUAGUACAGGGAGAUCUAAAGCUUUCUACACUUGUUCCUCACACCUAACUGUUGUUACUCUUUACUAUGCAAGUCUUGUUUGUCAAUACUUAACCCCAAUCAGCACCACUAAGUCUAGUAAAUUUUUGUCUUUGCUCAACACAGCUGUGAUUCCCAAGCUAAAUCCUUUCAUUUACAGCCUGAAAAAUAAAAUAAAGAUGUGA